GGGGAAACUGGGAAAGCCCGCGUGCAUCAGCUGCUUGGAUUCGAUUCUGCUCUGCAGAACUCCCGUCGUCGGUGACGGUGACAGAAGUUGAUUUCAGCUUCUGUUUCAAAUUUCGAUUCUUUUGUUCUUUUAUUUUAGCACCGGAGGUAAUAAGGGCAAUUUGCUCUUCAAUAAGCGUCCAGUAUGUCUCAGAAUAAACCUCAAUCGGAUGCAAUUCAGAACGCCAAAGUUACCUGGGAAGGUUGCAGCGUUUUGCUCGACAUCAACGACGGCGACCGCUUGGUUUUCUCUCGUCUCUCUGCUGGCUCGACGUUGAAAAUCGGCAAUAAGAAUUGCUCUCUGCAACCCCUGAUUGGUUGUCCCUUUGGUUCUCUGUUUCAAGUUGAAAACGGGAAGAAGGGGCCUUAUUUAUCUCGCAUUAUUCCUUCUACAGAAGAUAAUAAUGUUCAAGAUAAAGAAGAUUUUCAAAUAAAAGAGGAAUCUCGGGACAACCGGGCAAUAAUAGACAAUAAUCAGGCACAAAACCUCACUGGUGAAGAUAUAGAUGAAAUGAGGAGACAGGGAGCUACUGGAAAUGAAAUUGUUGAAGCUCUCAUUGCUAAUAGCACAACAUUUGAAAAGAAAACACAGUUCUCACAGGAGAAAUACAGGCGUAGGAAGCAGAAGAAGUAUGCACCUAAAGUACUUUUGAGACGUCCUUUUGCCCGAAGUAUAUCUGAGGCAUACUUCAAGAAAUAUCCAGUUAGAAUUGGAUUUUUGCGAGUGGAUACUUUGUCUCUUUUGCUUUCAAUGGCUAAUAUUGCUCCAAAUUCAGAUGUGCUUGUAGUGGAUAUGAUUGGUGGACUUCUUACUGGUGCUGUGGCAGAGCGUUUAGGUGGUACUGGUUUUAUCUGCAAUACUUAUCUUGGAGACACACCAUAUCCCAUGGAUAUAGUAAGGAUUUUCAACUUUAGCAAUGAAAUUUGCCAGAGGAUCCUGCGGUGUUCCCUCAAUGACCUCCAUUCAGCACAGAAUGGAACUUGUGACCAGAAGCAACAGCUUGAAGGUGGCUGCAUGUUAGAAAGUCAGUCAAAUGAACAAAUAUCAUUGUCAGCAACUGCAGAAGAAGUUCAACUUUCAUCUGAAGAUGGUUUGGGUCUUGCUUCUGAUAAUGAUCUCUCUGCGGUAAGUAAAACUUGCAAAGCACCAAAAGCUGGAGACAAGGCAUCAAAAGAAACCAUUCAGUUAUGGAAAGAAAACGGUUUUUCUAGCCUAAUUAUUGCGGCACCGGAGGUGGAUGUUUGGAGUUUUGUGAAAGAUCUGCUGCCUCUUUUAUCAUACUCCGCUCCUUUUGCUAUCUACCACCAGUAUCUGCAGCCUCUUGCAACAUGCAUGCACAAUCUGCAGGUUGAGAAAAUGGCAAUUGGUUUGCAAAUUUCAGAACCUUGGUUACGUGAAUAUCAGGUUCUUCCAUCAAGAACUCAUCCAUGCAUGCAGAUGAGUGCAACUGGAGGUUACAUUCUUAGUGGUACUAGAAUAUACACUGGUUGACAGUUGAUCCACUCUCCAGAAGAAUAAGGAGCAGAGGCUGAGCUCCCUUAUUCUCGCCGGUUUCUGUCUAACUUAUAAAACACCACUCCAGAUCAGAUGUAUCAUUAAUUUAUAAUUAUUUUUUAAAAAUUUGCAUGAUUUUUGCUGUUGAAAAAUCUAUAAACAAUAGACCAGCAAAUUUUUGGCUGGGGUUGUGAUUUGUGUUGAGCAUUUUUUUCCCUUGAGUGUAUUAUAUUUCCUA